CCCAGCCCCCUCCUCUCCGGUCUCUCCUGCCCCUCCUCCCCGCCCGGGGCCGGCUAGCGCGGCGCAGGCGCAGCAACGCGGCCGGGAGGCCCAGGGCGACCAAAGCAACCUCUGCCUCCGCUUCGCCCGGCAGUAUCCUCGCGGGGCUGGUCGGCGGCCAACCGGACCGCGCAGGGCACUGGCCCCGCGGGCCGCGCGUCGAGAUGGGCUCGGGCUGGAGCAGCGAGGAGGAACGGCAGCCGCUGCUAGGGCCGGGGCUCGGGCCUGCGCCGGGGGCUGCUUGGAGAAGCCGGGAGGCGGCGGCGGCACUGCCCGCGGCAGCCCCGAGCCCCGGGCGCGUGUACGGGCGCCGCUGGUUGGUGCUCCUGCUCUUUUCGCUGCUGGGUUUCGCGCAGGGCCUGGUCUGGAACACCUGGGGCCCCAUCCAGAACUCGGCGCGCCAGGCCUACGGCUUCUCCAGCUGGGACAUCGCGCUCCUAGUGCUGUGGGGCCCCAUCGGCUUCCUGCCCUGCUUCGCGUUCAUGUGGCUUCUGGACAAGAGAGGUCUUCGGAUAACUGUGCUUCUGACGUCCUUUCUUAUGGUUUUGGGAACUGGUCUAAGGUGCAUCCCUGUAUCAGACUUAAUGCUUAAAAGAAGACUAAUCCAUGGAGGACAGCUGUUAAAUGGAUUGGCAGGUCCAACUGUAAUGAACGCAGCUCCAUUCCUCUCCACAACAUGGUUCUCUGCAGACGAGCGGGCCACUGCCACAGCUAUCGCGUCGAUGCUCAGUUACCUCGGGGGAGCUUGUGCGUUUUUAGUUGGACCACUUGUCGUUCCAGCUCCCAAUGGGACAGCACCUCUUCUUGCUUCAGAGAAUAGCAGGGCCCACAUUAAAGAUCUCAUAGAGACUGUAUUAUACGCAGAAUUCGGAGGUGUCUGCUUACUAUUUUCUGCAACUCUAGCUUAUUUCCCACCUCGGCCACCUCUUCCUCCCAGUGUUGCUGCAGCUAGCCAGCGGCUGAGCUAUCGACGGAGCUUUUGUAGGUUAUUAAGCAAUUUGAGAUUUUUGAUGAUUGCUUUAGCGUAUGCCAUACCACUUGGUGUAUUUGCUGGCUGGUCUGGAGUUCUGGACUUAAUUUUAACACCAGUGCAUGUCAGCCAAGUGGAUGCUGGCUGGAUUGGAUUUUGGUCCAUAGUUGGAGGCUGCGUUGUUGGAAUAGCUAUGGCAAGGUUUGCAGAUUUUAUCAGGGGUAUGCUGAAACUAAUUCUGCUCCUCCUCUUUUCUGGGGCUACACUCUCAUCCACGUGGUUCACCCUGACCUGUUUGAACAGCAUCACACACCUGCCUUUAACCACAGUGACAUUGUACGCCUCCUGUAUUCUCCUGGGAGUGUUCCUGAAUAGCAGUAUACCUAUAUUUUUUGAGCUUUUUGUGGAAACUGUCUACCCAGUUCCAGAAGGAAUUACUUGUGGAGUUGUCACUUUUUUAAGUAAUAUGUUCAUGGGAGUACUUUUGUUUUUUCUCACAUUUUAUCACACAGAGUUGUCUUGGUUCAACUGGUGCCUUCCCGGGUCGUGUUUGCUCAGUCUCCUUCUCAUUCUGUGCUUCAGGGAAUCCUAUGACAGACUGUAUCUUGAUGUGGUUGUCUCAGUUUAAUAGCACAGACUUGAAGGAGUUUAAAAGGAGACUUGAAAUCAACACUGCCUACUGCACAUUUGCUUGGAAUUGCACAGGAGAAAAAAAAAAACAAAAGGAGAAGAGAGAAACUUCAUUCAGAGGUUUUUUUUAGGUUACAGGCGAUCACAUUAAUUUAAUUACUACUAGGUAAUAAUAAUGUGGAACUUGAGUGAUAAUAGUGGAUUUAAAACUGUAUCAGUGACAUACCUGUGCCAGAGUCGGUUUAGAAGUGUGAAGUCUUACCCAAAAAGCACUACCUAGGUAAUUUUCUCUGUGUUUUGUGCCAGUGCUAAGCUACUGAUUGGUUCAUUGUAAUUAUGAAAAGGAGUAAAGGGUGCCUAUCACAUGAAGAUAGCUCCUUCCCUAAGCCACAUAUCAGAAUAGGAAGAAAUGCCACUAACUUCUAAAGAAGUUUAAACCCUAUAUCAGAUUUUAAUUAUAAAAUAGCCAAGAGGUGUAUAAAUGAUAGAAAUUAGCCACAUGUACACUACAUUUUUUUCUAAUAAAGCAAUUUCUUAUAUGACUCCUGAUUUGUAAUUAGAUUGGAAAGCUUCGGCCACCUUAAUUAUGGUGGUCAAGUGCUUUCUAGCGACUUCAGAGCGCAUACUUUGUGUCUCGAUCUUAACUUAUCCUUGUUUCUGUGAAAUACAGUUUCAUCUACUAGGCUCUUAAAUGUUUAUAUUAAAGGUGACUAAAUGUUUAAUAUAGUUGCAUUAAAUGCUGUAUGAAAAAAUGUAAUUACGUUCCGAUUUAGCACUUUGUGAAAAGUGAAAUGACAAAUCCCGCAUUACAUCCUGUGUCUUUGGGCAGAUAUAUGUGUUGUGGCAUGGGAUGGGAAAUCCAGCACCAGCUGUUAUUGACCAGGGUUGCAUUUUAUUAAAUAACCCUUAUUUGAAAAUAACAAUUUAUAGCCUUGAAACUUUCAAAUCUGUGGAGUGAUUUCUGAAUUCCUUCCUUGUAUCUCCAUUCAGGGUAUAAAAUAUUCAGUUCUAUAUGGAGUCAGUAUAUUGGAGAGGGCAGUGUUUUGCCAGUUCCUGCCUUCUUUCUGUAAAUGACAGCUUUUUCAAAAUUAACACCCAUUAGAUAGUUCUUAGACAUGUAUUUCACUAUGACAUAAAGUAAUAUGCUCUGGUGGGGUUAUGGUAUUACCACUCUUCAGAUUUACAUAAUUCUCCUCUUUCAAGAAAAUCAAAUGCUCUCUCAAAAAGUCCAAAAUAAUAUUUUACCUUCAUUGUUUUCAGCUUCCUCCAAUUCCUUCCCCUUUUUCCUCACUUAAAAUCGUAUCUUCAUUGUCAACUAUAUAUGUAUGUAUAUAUUUAUUAUUUUUUGAGGAUGUGAGUACAGUUUUUGUCAGCUAAGUAUCUAUUUUAUUUGUCUUCUCCUGGACAGGCAGGGUGUAAACCAGCUCUUUCCAUUAGCCGGGGUGCUAAAGUAAGGUUAAGGGGACCUGGUCAGCAUUUGAUUCACUCAUCUGCACACAUGUGCACACACCAUCACACAUGUCCCAUAUACUUCCUCCGUUUCCCCUUGAUAAGUUGAAGGCUAUGCGUUAACUCACUUCCAUCCUAGAGGAAGAAACUAUUGCCGCCGGCCUUCUAAUAUCCUAAAUUGUUCAACCUGGGAAGUAAAAAAUCCUCAAAUUUAACAUCUGUCUUCAGUCACCUUUAGACCAUCCCCCUUUAUAACCUCCCUGCUAAUAACUCAGCAGCCGGAACUAAGGAACUUGCUGAAGAGGAGAAGAAAACCCAUGAAAGCUAGGCUUAGUUCCCUUUAACUUGGUUAUUCUUCUUAAAAAUAAAAGGAAAAGAAAGCAGAAUUCUUCAGUAUAACUGAAAGCCAGUCAAGACCCAGUCCAUGACCCAGGUGCUAAAAUAACCACCACCCCCUCCUGUUUAGAAUGAGGCUAGAAAGGCAAGGGAAGAAUUAUGAUGCAUUUGGUUUUAGUGAAAACUGUUGUGUUUGAGGGAGUUCCUAUAUAAAAUUUAGCUAUAAGACUUCUCAUGCAGAGCAUUUUAAUUAUGGUUAAUUCUAUUUUUAACACAAAGUGAAAAAUAACGUUAAAAAGUGUUGCCUAAAUGACUGAUUAGUUCAAAGACAUCCCAAAUGGGUGGUGAUUUUAAAUUCUCUUGUUGUAUCGGGCACCAACCACUGUUUUUAGCAUAUGUGAAAUGAGAUGAGAUGUGUCUGUCUCAUUUACUUCUGCUUAACCCCUCCAGCAGAUAAUUGUUCUAAUCACAAACGGCAGCAGUUUUUUUUAAGUGAUCAAAAUUCACAUACCAAACCUGUUCUGAGCACCAAAAGGCUCUAGGGGUAGGGGGAGGAUUACACAUUAUUUUCUAACCUGUGUAUUUCCAAAAAAAUUUUUUUUACUUUUUGUAUUUCUCACAUGCAUCAAAAGACCAGCUGUUAUCUCUGCACUUUAUAAACAAACAUUAAAGAGUCCUAAUUAAUUUUAUAAUUAAAAAAAAUCUUAACCCUCUAUUAAUCCAAGCGCUCAUUUUGUAGUUUAUAGAAACAGUCCCAGAGAGAUAAAGGGCCUUGCCAAAAGUCACAAUUCUAGUUAAUGACAAAAGUAAAACUAACUAUAACCCUCAUCUUCUGACUCCCAAAGUAGUGUUUUUCUCUGCUUCACAGAAUUGGAGCUUAAUUUGUAUACUCUUUGGGAUGUUCAUGAAUACACAUUCAUGUUCAGAAACAAUGGGGCUUAAGAGUAAAAUGCCCUUAAAAUGAGGUGAUUGCUUGAUUCUAAGUAAAAUCUGUGUUUUUUUCUUUCUCGCUAUCCUGUUGAUGUUCUAACAUCUCUAAAGUCUUAGCUUGCAGUGAGUGACAGGAUCUGAAAAGUUUCUGAUGAAUAAUUCAGUCCUCAUAAACAAAAAGUCAGUAGCAGUAUUAAAUUGGUAAGGACAUGUUACAAUAUAGUGUAAGUUCCCUGUAGCUUAUCAGAGAAUACUUCACAGAUUAUGGGAAGAAGCAUUUUUAAAAUAUGGUGCAUAGUGGAGCUAUAGAGCAAUUAGAUACACAAAUGCAUUUCACUGGAGGACAGAGCUAAUAAGCUAACAAGAGGGAGUCAAGCACCAUUUUGUAUAUUUAAGCAUAUAUAGCCUCAGGGCCAUGUUUUAACAUAGAUCAUACAUUCAUGUUUAAUUAUUGAGAAUGCUUACAGCUUGUCUUUAUGAAGCCUUUCUAAUGAGGGAUUCAAGCUAAGGGAUUUUAAAUUGAGGAGAUUGAAUUCCCAUCUCAUCUUCUAAUUCUUUUUUUUUUUUUUUUUACUAUUUUUAUUAAAACCUUGGCAUUCAUCUUGCUGUUUGCUUAAGUAUAAGCUUCAUUUUAAACAAGAUCAAAUGCAAAUUCAUAGUAGAUUUGCUUUAAGUUAAUGUUAAAAAUCACAUUAAUUUCACAUUUGUCCCUGAAAAAGUAAAUACAGGAAAUACUGUUACUAUACAAAUGCAAAAGCUAUGAUAUGAAGAAAGUGUCCUAUUAAAAAAGAAACAUAUAGAAAACUAUGAGGAUAUUCCAUCAGAUCUAUUUCUAAAUGUAGGAAAAAUAGAAUUCUACCUUGUAGGAUUAUAAUCAUACAGAAAAGAAUAUAUAAAAGCUUAUUUCCAUAUAAUGAACAGUUUGCUAGUCUGUUGGGAAAUAUAAACAAUACUGAGGUGGGAGAGUGUUGGACCAUAUCAUAACAAAACUUAACAGGGAGAGUUCUAGGUGCAUUUUUAAUAGCAUCCAUUGUGCUUGAUAGUGGUGAGUUUCUGCUCAGUUAGCAGACAUCUUGGCCACUCUGAAUACUCAUGUCCUUCCAGGUCACCUCCCAGUUCAGUUGGAACCUCAGACUUAGGGGAUGGCCUCCAGGGACUAAUACCAAAACCCUUAAGAGACCCUUGAGAGUGUCACCUCUGGCUAGGGGAUGGGAAUGAUAGAGGCUGUGGGCAGAGUACAGGGAAUGUUGUUCAGUUGCCAAGUCGUGUCUGACUCUUUGCAACCCCAUGGACCGUAGCAUGCCAGGCUCCUCUGUCCUCCGCUAUUUCCCAGAGUUUGCUGAAAUUCAUGUUCAUUGAGUCAGUGAUACUAUCUAACCAGCUCAUCCUCUGCCAUGGCCCUAAAUCUCUCCCCUAAACCACCCUUCUUUUAUAAACAGUUUUAGUUUGCUUUUGGUCAAGACUGAAACAUCAACCCCUUGUUUCACCUAAAAGUUUUCCUGAGGCUCCUCUUUACUUGUCCUUACUGCCCUGUACCUGUUUUCUGAACUCUUGCACGAAUCUGCUCUCAUCUCCAUCAUGGUCUCUGCUUCCUUGAGCUGACUUCCUAGCACAGGCUUCUUUACCCUGAACCCCUCCCUAAGACCUGGAGCUAAAAACUCAGUCUCUUUCCUGGCUAGUAGUAAAGCCAGAUACCCAGGGUGCCCUCUCCUGAACAGUAUGAUAGCAUGAGCAGAACACAGGCAAAUACAGAAAAACCUAAUAGUUCUUCUCACAGCCAGAUCUUAUAAAUUAGAAUAUUCCCCUGCAAUGGGAAGGGAAUUACAAAGAUCUCUCACAAGUUUCCCUAGUUAUUAUUUGCUGUACUUUUAGAAUGUGGACUAUUUUGCCUCGUGUGUAUAGUCUUUGUCUUGUACCUUUGAACCUGGUACACUUCAGACAGUAGCUUGCCAUCUCAGCCAACACUCAGAAAGAGAGCAUAAAACCACAGUACCCUAGCUGUUCCAUUCAUGCAACAAGGGAGAAUUAAUUUUUUUAAAAACAGCCAAAAAAUGAGACAAAACAUAGAAUUCAUUUCAGCAAACUUGGAGAAAUGAUAAAAACACAUCAAUCCAUUUUAGCUAUCAGUUCAGUUCAAUCUCUCAGUUGUGUCCAACUCUGCAGCCCCAUGGACUACAGCACACCAGGAUUUGCUGUCCAUCACCAACUCCCAGACUGUGCUCAAACUCAUUUCCAUCAAGUCAGUGAUGCCAUCCAACCAUCUCAUCCUCUGUCAUCCCCUUCUCCUCCCGCCUUCAAUCUUUCCCGGCAUCAGGGUCUUUUCAAAUGAGUCAGUUCUUUGCAUCAGGUGGCCAAAGUAUUGGAGUUUCAGCUUCAGUAUCAGUCCUUCCAAUGAAUAUUCAGGACUGAUUUCCUUUAGAAUUGACUGAUUGGAUCUCCUUGCAGUCCAAGGGACCUCAAAAGUCUUCUCCAACACCACAGUUCAAAAGCAUCAAUUCUUGGGCACUCAGCUUUCUUCAUUGUCCAACUGUCACAUCCAUGCGUGAAUACUAGAAAAACCAAAGCUUUGACUAGACGGACAUUUGUUGGCAAAGUAAUGUCUCUGCUUUUUAGUAUGCUGUCUAGGUUGGUCAUAGCUUUUCUUCCAAGGAGCAAGCGUCUUAAUUUCAUGGCUGCAGUCACCAUCUGUAGCAAUUUUGGAGCCCCCCCCCAAAAAAAGUCUGUCACUGUUUCCACUGUUUCCCCAUCUACUUGCCAUGAAAUGAUGGGACCAGAUGCCAUGAUCUUAGUUUUCUGAAUCUUGAGUUUUAAGCCAACUUUUUCACUCUCCUCUUUCACUUUCAUCAAGAGACUCUUUAGUUCUUCUUUGCUUUCUGCCAUAAGGGUGGUGUCAUCUGUAUAUCUGAGGUUAUUGAUAUUUCUUCCAGCAAUCUUGAUUCCAGCUUGUGCUUCAUCCAGCCUGGCAUUUUGCAUGAUGUACUCUGCAUAUAAGUUAAAUAAGUAGGGAGGCAAUAUACAGCCUUGACAUACUCCUUUCCCAAUUUGGAACCAGUCUGUUGUUCCACGUCCAGUUCUAACUGUUGCUUCCUGACCUGCAUACAGGUUUCUCAGGAGGCAGGUACAGUGGUCUGAUAUUCCCAUUUCUAGGAAUUUUCCACAGUUUGUUGUGAUUCACAUAGUCAAAGGCUUUGGUAUAGUCAAUAAAGCAGAAGCAGAUGUUUUUCUGGAACUAUCUUGCUUUUUGAAUGGUCAAACGGAUGUUGGCAAUUUGAUCUCUGGUUCCUCUGCCUUUUCUAAAACCAGCUUGAAUAUCUGGAAGUUCACAGUUCACGUACUGUUGAAAACUGGCUUGGAGAAUUUUGAGCAUUACUUUCCUAGUGUGUGAGAUGAGUGCAAUUGUGCGGUAGUUUGAGCAUUCUCUGGCAUUGCCUUUCUUUGGGAUUGGAAUGAAAACUGACCUUUUCCAGUCCUGGGGCCACUGCUGAGUUUUCCAAAUUUGCUGGCAUAUUGAGUGCAGCACUUUCACAGCAUCGUCUUUCAGGAUUUGAAAUAGCUCAACUGGUAUUCCAUCACCUCCACUAGUUUUGUUUGUAGUGAUGCUUCCUAAGGCCCACUUGACUUCACAUUCCAGGAUGUCUGGCUCUAGAUGAAUGAUCACAUUAUCAUGGUUAUGUGGGUCAUGAAGAUCUUUUUUGUAUAGUUCUUCUGUGUAUUCUUGCCACCUGUACUUAAUAUCUUCUGCUUCUGUUAGGUCCAUACCAUUUCUGUCCUUUAUUGUGCCCAUCUUUGCAUGAAAUGUUCCCUUGGUAUCUCUAAUUUUCUUGAAGAGAUCAACUAGUCUUUCCCAUUCUGUUGUUUUCCUCUAUUUCUUUGCAUUGAUUACUGAGGAAGGCUUUCUCAUCUCUUGCUAUUCUUUAGAACUCUGCAUUCAAAUGGGUAUAUCUUUCCUUUUCUCCUUUGUUUUUUGCUUCUCUUCUUUUCUCAGCUGUUUGUAAGACCUCCUCAGAGAAGCAUUUUGCCUUUUUGCAUUUCUUUUUCUUGGGAAUGAUCUUGAUCCCUGCUUCCUGUACAAUGUCACGAACCUCUGUCCAUAGUUCUUCAGGCACUCUGUCUAUCAGUUCUAAUCCCUUGAAUCUAUUUGUCACUUCCUCUGUAUAAUUGUAAGGGACUUAGUUUAGGUCAUACCUGAAUGGUCUAGUGGUUUUCCCUACUUUCUUCAAUUUAAGUCUGAAUUUGGCAAUAAGGAGUUCAUGAUCUGAGCCACAGUCAGCUCCUGGUCUUGUUUUUGCUGACUGUAUAGAACUUCUCCAUCUUUGGCUGCAAAGAAUAUAAUCAAUCUGAUUUCGGUAUUGACCAUCUGGUGAUGUCCAUGUGUAGAAUCUUCUCUUGUGUUGUUGGAAGAGGAUGUUCGCUAUGACCAGUGCGUUCUCUUGGCAAAACUCUGUUAGCCUUUGACCUGCUUUGUUUUGUACUCCAAGGCCAAAUUUGCCUGUUACUCCAGGUAUCUCUUGACUUCCUACUUUUGCAUUCCAGUCCCCUAUAAAGAAGAGGACAUCCUUUUUGGGUAUUAGUUCUAGGAAGUCUUAUAGGUCUUCAUAGAACUGUUCAACUUCAGUUUCUUCAGCAUUACUGGUUGGGGCAUAGACUUAGAUUACUGUGACAUUGAAUGAUUUGCUUUGGAGACAAACAGAGUUCAUUUUAGCUCUAAACAUGCUAUAUUUGGUGCAUUGUGAGGCUCCAGUAGGAAUACCAGAUCAGGCCUACAGUACAGUGCUCUUGGGGCUCCCCACAGGUGGUGCUAGAGGUAAAGAAUCUUCCUGUCAAUGCAGGAGAUGCAAGAGACCCAGUUCAAUCCCUGGGUUGGGAAGAUUCCCUGGUGGAGGAAAUGGCAACCCACUCCAGUAUUCUUGCCUGGAAAAUUCCACAGACAAAGGAGCCCAGCGGGCUUCAGUCCAUGGGGUUGCAAAGAGUCGGACACAACUGAGCACACACACACACACACACACACACACACACACACACACACACACCAGCUCUUUUAGUUUGUGAGCAAGGCUUCUGUAGUCUUGAUCAAAACAGCAAGAAAGACUUGGAGACACUUGAUUUACCUUAAUGUUAGAAAAUGAUACUUUCAAAACUAUCAUUUAAUUUAGACUUCCUCUAGUUCAGAUUGGCUUUCUUCCCAUUUACCUGGAAGAACUAUAGAAUCAGAGAGAGAAUGUAAUCCAACCACUCCAUUUUACAAAUAAGUAAAUAGAGAAUCUCUUAGGUUACAUGACACCGCUCGGUUUUAGCAGAUCACUUGACCCCUAGACCAGCAUUCCUUCCAUAAGUGAUCAAUGUGUAAACCAGAAAUAAUUUAAGUAAAAUUUCUUUCUUUUUAAAUUUUUGAAAAUUAACACACAUGAGUGUAUACCCAUUGUAAAAUACCCAGUACAGAAAUAUAAAGUGAAGUCUACCUCCAAACGUGUGCUGGUUAAUCCAUUCUCCUUUUCAGAAGUAAUCCCUCUGAGUCCUUUUAGAAAAUUUUCUAUGCAUUUUCAUACAUAAGCAUAAAAACUUAGGAUUUAAAAUCAAGUCAUCUCGGGAACUAUUUCUUGAGACCAUGUUGGCAUUAACACUUCGGGCAGGAGCUUCUGAGCUCCUUAUUUUUCUCUUAAGACGAAUCUGUGUCAAACAUAGCAGUGGUUAACAGAGACAUUUCAUGGUUAUGUGCCAUCAAGCCCUAUCAUAUUCUCAAGGUUAAAGGUGAAUUUCAAUGUGCAAUAUUGGUUUUCUUGUUGAAAAUACAGUCAGUUUUUAAUGCCACCAACUCAGGUCCAUGCCUCAUGAGAGAAGAAAAUGAAUGACCCACCCCCAAAAUCCAAACAGAUUUUCUCGACAGUUUGCUUGGCCCCCACCUCAGCAGAAGCAUGCCAUGCUGUGAAAAGCAGAAAGUUGUGAGGACAACCUAUACAAUCCCAUUAAAAAUAAUCAUAAUAGCUAAUGAAGAUUCUGGUAAUGCUGUUUUCCUUCUCACCUCCCUUAGCUCUUGUAACUUUCAAGCAACCAGUAAAACCGAUGAGUGUAGCAGGAUGAGAUCUGAGCUCUGUUUGGUCACUUUCUUUCCUGACCUCUUUCCCAUCCAGCUUUUCCAUCUCUGAUUGUAUCUUCCUACUUAUUUCUGACUAUGCAUGGAAGCAAGCCACAUUAUCUGAGUUGUCACUAUUAUUGAAGAGAGCUGGCCCAUUUCUUCAUGAACUAGAGAGACUAGAGAGGACAGAAAAAGAGCCCUGGCCUGGAAGCCCCAGGGCCCAGCUUGCUGCCAGGCCUGGUAUCUUCAGCUGUUUGACCCUGACCCAGUCUCUUCAUUCCUUAUUUACCCACAACUCUGAAAUGACAGAGUGAACAGAGGUGUUCUCUGAGGUCUCUUCCAGUUCAGGAAUUCAGUUCCCUUCUAUUGAAGUAUCAGGAAGUGACGGACAUAACACCCACCUGUGUGCACAGUAGUCCUCCUUCUAUGAGUCCCUAUAUGUGAACACACAGACCACACAUUCAGCAACAAGAAGAAAUGCCUUAUUCAUUGUCUCUGCUAGAAGAUAAGCUAUCGGUGCUGUUUAUUUCCCCAAAGGACUUUAUAUAUGAAAUCCAAGGACUGUUAAAUUUAUCAAAUGCGAUAAGAGAAAAUCUGUCAGCUGCUGCUGAGAUAGCAUCCUAGGAGCCAGGUCAGAGUACUGCAUUUGCUCACCAGAAUCAGGCCAGACCAGAAACCCGUCCUUUGGUUUGGUUUGAUUCAUUGUGAGUCAGCAGAGAGUUUGCACCUGUAGAAAUCAAACUGUCAGAUCAGAUGGUUAAAACUGAUCCUUGAACUGAUAUUUCUAGAGUCGCAGCCCUGAAGAAUUGUAAGUUGCUCCACAACAAUGUCAUCUCUAACAGCCAGGUUCUGCCAGGAGAGCUGGGCAGAUCUCUUAUAGGGUGAGAGCAGACAUUCAGCAGGUCAGGUCUGAUCUGCAUCCAGGUUAGGAAACCAGGCUUCACUGAGAUCGUAACAAGGGUACAAGAGCUUUCAGGGAGAUGAACCAAAAGUCCAGGGGGUCUGGAGGCCUGGGUCUCAGUCUCUCUCUCCAGGGCAGCUGCUGAGCACCUUGGAGCUUUGGAAAAAUCACCUGUUCUCUCUGGACCCCGGCUUCCUCACUUCUAAAAUAGAAGGGUCAAGUAGAUGGUCCUAUUUGCUGAAAGAGUUUUAUAGCUUCUGACAUGCACCUGUUUGGUCACACACAGACCAAACAGAAAGUAGAAAACAACAACAGGUGUGCAAUACCUUUCCACUGGUCCUUUCAGUUACACAUUACCUUUUCAGACAAACAAGGAGCUUCUAUUAAGGAAAGUCCCAUUAGUCAUAUGUUAUAGGUGCCAGGCACUUACAGAAACUCUCAGGCCAUAGACAUAUCCACUCUUCCUUCAUUCACCCUUUUAUUCAUUCUGUAUACAGAGUAAUUAUGUGUGUGCCUGUGAAGGAGAAUUGGAAAAACAAGGGAUGUUUCUACCUUUCAGGACACUUGAGACAGAUUAAAAAAAUAAAAUAAUCUCAUGAACUAGCAAUUAAAAGAAACCAACCAGAGUUUCCCAAAUAAUUAUGAGUAUCUGGAACCCAAUUUUUUUUCUCAUACUAUCAUUAACCAUGACUGAUUUCAGGGGAAGGUAUUCUGUUCCAUUGGAAUUUCCAUCAUAGACAGAACCUGGAUCUAUCUGGGAGCACUGAAUCAACUUUUGCAUGAAGAAUCCCAAACCUACCCAUCAUUCCAUGUCUGGCAAGUGGGUUACUAUUCCUUUAGAAGGUUGAGAGGAUUGUUGGCACCUCUACCUUUCUCUGAAAACAAGUCUUAACAAAUACAAACACACCAAGAUACAGUUCUCAUAAGACCCUGGGCGUUUCCUUUCUAAAAGGAAUUUAAGUUUCAACAGGGAAAUUGAGAGGAUUGUUGGCACCUCUACCUUCCUCUGAAAACAAGGCUUAACAAAUACAAACACACCAAGAUACAGUUCUCAUAAGACCUUGGGCAUUUCCUUUCUAAAAGGAAUUUAAGUUUCAACAGAGAACAAAAACUCAACACCCAAAACAAAGAGUUUCUAAUGAUAGAAGUUGGGACAUUAGCCCAUGAGAGAGAGAAGGGCUGCUUUAGGGGCAGGAGGCUCUGUAGGGGCCCUUCAGAUGCGUCCACCUGUGAGUAAAUGUAAGCCACACUGGCAACCCACUCCAGUAUUCUUGCCUGGAAAAUCCCAUGGACAGAGGAGCCUGGUAGGCUACAGUCUAUGGGGUCACACAGAGUCGGACAUGACUGAAUGACAUCACAGUGCAGUCCUGGCCUUCUAAGCCUUUUCAGAAACCCAAAGAUACUCCAAAGGGCAAGUUUCAGUUCUGCAGAUAGGUUUAUUUACUGCCAGUAUUUCCAUCUCCAAACUUACUUCCCUCUUCACCAGAAAUAAAUCUUUUGGAGGCUUAUGAAAAUUAAGUAUUAGGAAAAUUCUGCCCUCAUCCACAAGAUUGCAUCUACAAGUCCCAAACAAAAUCACUUCCUUGACCUUCACAUAUACAAGGUCAAGGAAGGUCUGUGACUUGGAGAAGGGGUCUGGAAGAGUCGGGGCAGGUCUGGUCCCACUGGAUUCCAGCAAAAAUGGAGGGUGUGCUUUGGGAUGGUCUCUUUCCUCUCAGUCCUUCCCUGAACUCACUAGUUCACGCUGCACUGCUCUUCCAGAUCAAUAAGUUAUUGCUGAGAAAUCAUUUCAGUACAUGACGUAAAUGUCUCCAGUGGAGCCAUCCCCCUCCAUAACCCCACUGUCCUUUCAGUCUGUAGCCCAGAAUCCUUGUUCCACGUCCCAGAGAAAUUCAGUUACCCUUGUCCUUUCCAGGGAAAAAAACAUUGAUUGAUAUCUUAGCCCUGACAUUUCACCCUCUUUUAUCUCAGAAUGCAGAAACCCCUUCACGUUUGUUGUGUUUUUUACUCAAGGUUAAUAAAGAUCCCCAGGCACAUACUGUUCCGUGCUGCAUUCUGAAGCCUGUAAGUGUCCUUCCUUAUAAUUGGGGGAAAGGUUACUCUAAUGAACCAGCUAGUGAUUCCCUUACCUAUUCACUCUUUUAUCAGUAUACCUUUACCAGUAAAUUCUUUGUUAUCUAGGUCCUGAAAUUUAUUUCAUUUUUUAAAGAUUUAAUUUUUUUUUCUAAAAUUGCUUCUUUUAUCUUAUAGCAGACUGUGAUCUUUGCUUCUGAGUACUUUAUAAUACAAUUUGAACAUAAUAGAACAUUCUAAAAUAAAGCCAGGCAGGGAUUUCAUCCUAACCACUGUUAAAUGCUGGGAGAGGCACAUCGUCUUUUUUAAAAAGAUAGAAGGAGGGCUGGGAUAGGGGAAGCUUGAUCUCAUAAUUCAACCAGUAUAUUUGAGGCUCCUGCUGCAUGCUGAGUGCUGGUCUAGGCUCUGAGGAUACAGAAACAAAUAGGACAGCAUCCUGGUCCUCACAGAGAUUCUUAUUCUGAGUUCAUUCAUAACAAUGGUAAUUCAAAGCUAGCAAUACCCCCUAAAGGCUGUUGGAAUCUUUGUAGCUUCUUUCUAUGGGAUCUUAACUCUGUUUGGAAAGAUAUGUUUUAAAUCCUGUUUUCUUGGGCCAUUAGAAACACAUACUUGUCCCUAAUCAAUGUAUAUAGUUAUGUGUAACCGUCAUAGAGUAAAAAAGUGCCUCUAGACAGCUUUUGAAGGGAUAGGCAAAGAAAUCUGUCUUGAUGGCUUGAAAAGAAAUGGAAGAGCUUUAGGGAAAACUACCAAGGUCCAAAAGCAUUUAGAUCUGCUAGUGUUCAGACAUGGGAUUAGGCAGAGGGAAAAGCCUUCUAGCAAGAGGGAACCAGGGCCAUGUAGGCAUAGAGACCCCACGGAAAGAGUUAGUGAGAUAGAAGCCAGGCUGCAGGCAUUUGUUAAUAUGUCUGCUGAGUGAAGGUGGAGGAGGAGGUGUGGAGGCGGGGAGUUGUGGUGGAAGCAGAUGCUGAAAUACAGAACUCUGAGAAUGCUUGUUCUCAGAGUCAUCUGACCCAACCUCCUGCCUCCAAGCACAUCCCGCCUGUACUGUGUUUGACCAGCUGCUCUUUCAGCUCUCCAAGGAUGGAUAUUCCACAACCUACCCUGUCGUCUGUUCCAGAACCACAUCUCCCUGGCACUUAUAAGUUUUUGCUUUUAAAGAAUGGAGGCAGGAGAGAGGUGGUCCAAAGAUGGGGAGACAGGCAGAACAAGUCAGGGCAGGGGAGCUGGAGGUGGGAACCGUCUUCUCACAUCACCCUCCUUCACACUCCAGGGCAGUGGGAACACUGGAAGGGGGAGCCCACCAUCUGGAACCACCCUCACAGAAGCCCUGGUUGGCAGAGCGAAGGUUCCUAUUCCUCUCCAAGAAAGCGGUAGGAAUCUAGACAUCCGCCGCCUCUCAUGUCUUCAGUACCCUUCUGCAUUCCACGCGCUCUAUCCAAGUCAUUACUUUUCAAACCAUUUCUUGGAUGCAGAGAAAUCUUGGGUAGUCCAAGUGGCCUUAGAUCCAAGUAAAGGACGUGAGGUCCAAGUGGACAUAGAUCCAAGUAAAGGACAUCAGCAAGCCCUACUCCAUUCAGACUUUUCCAUCUGCCUCCACCCUCUCAGUCAAACUCCUGGAAGCAAACCAGAAAGUUCAUCCAACAAAAAUCACUAUCUGAAAGCCUAAGCCCUUUUUUAUUCUCCCUCCGUUCUCAAGGCACAGUGUGUCUGGUCUGAUCUUACUCCAUUUGUAGUCCUCUGGCUUUCGUGGCUCUGCAACACAGGCCUGUCAGAGCCGGAAGGCAAGCAGAGGCAGGAUGGCUGCAGACGCAGAGCAGAGGCAGCUGCUGGCGUGGGAGCAAUGGUCCAUGGCCGUCACAGCCCGCACUGGGGUCCUGGUGUGCCGUAGAGGCUUCACCUUCCCCCGUUCCUCGGCUUCCUGGAGGCACCCCCUUCCCUUGGGCCUCCCCUUGGCCUUGAGUCUCAUUGCAGUCCCUGCCCUCCCUGUCCCCUCCUCCUAGCCCAGGCUGCACGGAAGCCCCUGACUCCCUUUCAUUCUAUGGAAGAGCAGAGUCUCUGCCUGUUGGAAUCUGGUCCACCCUGAGGAUGGUUUUUGGCUGAAACGGCUGCAGUUGAGCAAAGAAGUUCUGACUGUCAGCGUGAAUGAGUUCUCCAGCAGGCUUUGGCAGGUCCCCUGCCUCUGGGGUUCUAAGUAAGAGAAGGGGCCGGGACGAUCCCAAAGGACUAAGGACAGACCAGAUGAUCUCGAGAUUCCUCCCAGAAUCUGACUUUUAAAUAGCAACACUAAGAUCCAGUUAACACACAGGCUCCCUGCCAGCAGGUGCCUCUCCUCAUGUGACACUGCAUGCACCUGGGAAGAUGUUCUCCUAGCAUGAGACACAGUGCAAAAAUUCUGUGCGACCCCAGAGACAGCAGCCCACCAGGUUCCUCCGUCCCUGGGAUUCUCCAGGCAAGAACACUGGAGUGGGUUGCCAUUUCCUUCUCCAGUGCAUGAAAGUGAAAAGUGAAACUGAAGUCACUCAGUCGUGUCCGACUCUUCGCGACCCCAUGGUCUGUAGCCUACCAGGCUCCUCUGUGCAUGGGAUUUUCCAGGCAAGAGUACUGGAGUGGGUUGCCAUUUCCUUCUCCAGCAAAAAUAGGUGCAGGGGGGAGGCUUAAAAUCUGCCUACACUGAACCUUCAUGCCAGGGGAUGUGUGUAACUGCUGACCUGGCUCUUCGACCUGGUGGCUCUAUGCAACUGUCCAAACGUGAGGAUGUGUGAUAAAUUCCCCUCCAAUACUCAUCACAACUUCUGAGUGUUCUGUGCUUUUUAAAAUAAUUCUGACCAUGUAAAUAUAUUACAUUUUAAUAAAAAGGUUUUUUUUUUUUUUUUGCAUUUUACUUUUGUAAUAUUUGGGGUUUUAUAGAUUUUUAUUUUAUUGCCAAGUAUACUUUUGUAAGGGAAUGUUGAAGUUUUGAGUAUUUUUAUUCUUUUCAAACUAUAGUUAAUGUCAACUGUAAGCACUGAUAAAUAUUAUUCAUAUGCGAUUUUCCUUCCUCUCCAUCGGGUCUUUUUAAGGAACUGUGUUUUGGCAUAGCAUUUUAUUUAAAGCUCUGCUUCAUUUUACACAUUGUGAAUACUGAAGACUCUGAAAAAUAAAGAUGCAUUUAAAAUCUCUGUGCUGUUGCAUUUUAGAAAUGGUAAUGUGCAUUGCUUUGCCAAAGUGGUAAUUAAAUGUUUAAUGGUUUAGAACUCCUAGUUCAGAAUGGGGGUUCUAGUCAUUACUCACAGUACGGAGCCUCUGAGUCAGCCCCCACUUCUUGGGAGAAUGCACACAAGAAUGGUGAUUUCCUGCUCAGUUUGGAAAUAUGGUUAUGUUGACGUUAUAGUUACUGUGCUGUGGUUUUGAAAUAAAUGUGUGUUGAAAGCA